GUCUGGGAAGUCGUUGAUUCAAUAAUGCUGAAUUCAAGACAUGAUUUUUUAAGCAAUUACUUCAAGGACGAAUACGAGGGAAAUUAUAAGAGACGACGGCAGCCGAAGCAGAUCCGUAUCAGUGAUGAUUGCAGACUUGAUGAAAAAACAUCACACAUCAUAACCCCAAUAAGCAUUAUAUGUUAUCCGAACGUCAAGACCUUCGUUGCACUUAAAGGUUCAGAGUAAGGCUGUAGGGGUGACACAGCCAGGCUGGUGAAGAUGCCCAGUUGUGGUAACAUGUCCCAGUACUGCCCAAUCAUCCAGGAGAUGAUGAACAACACGGCUGGGAAGUCCUCGGAGCGGGCCUUGAACAUGGGCGUGGUGGUCGCGCACGGUCUGAUCUCCUCCUUCGGCAUCCUGGAGAACCUGCUCAUCCUGUGGGUCAUCGGCUUCCGCGUCCGGCGGUCCGUCAUCAGCAUCUGGAUCCUCAACCUGGCUGCUUCUGACCUCCUGGCCACCGCCUCCCUGCCCUUCUUCACCUACUUCCUGGCCCAGGGCUUAACCUGGAAGCUGGGCACAACCUUCUGCAAGGUGCACUCCUCCAUCUUCUUCCUCAACAUGUUCCUCAGCGGCUUCCUGCUGGCCGUCAUCAGCCUGGACCGCUGCCUGGUGUCGCUGCUGCCCGUCUGGUGCCAGAACCACCGGGACGUGGGCCUGGCCACACGCGUGUGCUGGGUCGUCUGGGGCUUGGCCCUCCUCAACACCGUGCCGUACUACCUGUUCCGCGACACCAUAACCCGCUGCGACAACCACACAAUCAUGUGUUACUACAACUUCCGCCAGCUUUCGCCGCCCGAGGCCGACUACAAGGCGCUUUGCAGGAGUCGGCAGGACGCCCUGGCCAUCAGCAAGUUCCUCCUGUCCUUCCUGCUCCCCCUGCUGGUCAUUAUCGGGAGCUACGCGGCGGUCAGCGCCAGCAUCGCUCGACGCGGCCACCGUCGCACCUUUCGCUUCUUCCGCCUGGUGGUGGCCGUGAUCGUCACCUUCGUCCUGUGCUGGGCCCCCUACCACACGUUCAGCCUGCUGGAGGCGGUGGGGGACUACAACCCCAGCCUCCGCCGGAUGGUGGCCCGGGCCCUGCCCGCCUCAGCCAGCCUGGCCUUCCUCAACAGCGUGCUCAACCCCCUGCUCUACGUCUUCAGCUGCCCCGACUUCCUGGCCAAGAUCCGGCAGUCGCUGGGGGCGGUGCUGGAGAACGUCCUGCAGGAGGACCUCGGGGAGCUGGCCCGGCGACGCAGCACCGCCCAGUCCUCCGUGAGCGCCAGUGAGCUGCUGCUGAAGGGACCCCACUCUCGCCCCACGCCGAGCACGAAGACGAAGGACAAGGAGGUGGAGCACCCCAGUGUCUUUUGAGCAGAACGCCGACCCACUGCUACCAGUGCAGUCCUGCAUAUUAUCUUCCUGCUUAUAUACCUACCUAUAUUUACCUACA